GCAAAAUUUUAUUUCUACCACCGAAGCAGAAAUGAUAAUCCCAAUAAUAAGUUGAUUAGGUGAGCCACCUAAAUAUCCUUUGUUUCCUACUUCUGAGACUCCUGCCUCUGUCAGGUUAGAUAUAAAUUUAAGUCUAAUAGCGCCCCCGUGCUUGAACUUGCUGCAAUUGGGGAUCUGGUAGGUCGGUGAGGUCGGGCGAUGGCUUUUGUGGUUAGGCCUAAUACAAAUCCCUUCGUCAGUAAGAUGAUUUUGCUCUCUUCCUAUAACCAAUCUAGAAAAGAAGGUUUGGAGGUAGGGUUUGUGAGAAAGAAGAAUUUUGGGGUAACAGAUCGUCUUGGUACACUGUCCGUCAAGUGUGCUCUGGAACGCGGCAGCAACAGCAGUGACGGAAAGAAAGGAGGGGUAUCGAAUUCGAAUUACGUGGUGCCCCUGGACAACUCAUCCUGCAUAACUCGUCCUUUAGCCGAGAUACUCCGAGACCUUAAUAAAAGAAUCCCCGAUACUAUCGUCAGAGCUCCCAUCCCUGGCGAUUCCUCGGCUGUCACCUUUAUCCCCUGGUAUCAUGCCAACAGGAUGUUGAGCUUCUAUGCCCCAGGAUGGUGUGGAGAAAUUCGUGAUGUCAUUUUCUCUGACAAUGGCAGUGUGACUGUUGUAUACCGUCUUACUGUACGCGGAUCUGAUGGAGAGGCAUAUCGUGAGUCAACUGGGACAAUAUCACCUAGUGAUGGAACCAUUGGUGAUCCAGUUUCAGCAGCUGAGGAAAUUGCUUUCUGCAAAGCUUGUGCCCGGUUUGGUCUUGGCUUGUAUUUGUAUCAUGAAGAUCAAAUGAACACUAUUUAAGCUUCCAAAUUUUGUUUGGGGUUUGAUGUGAUGUAGUAUUGUUUUCUUCUCAUUUGAUGUGAAUAGAAGUAGACUAUUAGGUGGCUGUUAGGUACUCAUCAAGUACUGUCAAGUAUUGUGGAAAACUAGAAGCCAUAUUUUUUAUUUGUAAGGAUCCAAUACUUAUGGGAAAGCGAGUUUCUUUUGUUGCUCACGUA